AUGAACGACGAAGACAAGCAAGCUCAGCCGAAGCAGCAGUCAGCAGAGCGCCGGCGCCCACACCGUCUCGUUGUCGAGGAUGCCGUCAACGAUGAUGGCUCUGUUGUGGUUUCGAACCAAGCCAUCGAGCGCGAGGAUGAAGACAUUGCCGGCUGCUGCAAUGCACCGUCGUCGGCCUUACAGCAGAAAGAACUGGCAAGCCCAAGAUCACUGGCAAUGGCCACUGUUGUCCUCAACCUACGUCAACGAAAUGUCUUCCAGGAGACUGUGCUGAGAUACCUCAACAGCUCUACUCCUGGUUGUAUCGUGGUGCGUUUGGGUGGCUACUCGACAGACGAUGCAAUUGCUGAACUGAACAAGCACCUGUCGGCGAGCUGGCUCAGCAACUUCCCUUCGACAGUAACCCAUCGCCUUGUGCUGCACGGGGCUGGUGGCCCACGGCACGCAGGCUCUCCUCUGCUGGAGUACCGCCAAGGUGCUACUAACCACGGCAACAGCCUCGUUGUGACCGUGCACCCGCUUCCGCUCGGCUGUGUUGGUUUUUUGAAGCCCCUGUCCAUCCGAAGCGGCUCACACGCAGUUCCGCUUUCGACAACUGAGGCGGAACAGCGCAUCGCGAAGCUGCCAUGGCAUGGCGUCGUCGACCGUGCAUUGCUGCCCUAUGACGAGGUUGUGCAUGGCCCAAUCUCCCUUGAAGUGCGGAUCGGCCAUCCCGUGGCGGCAGGGGACCAUGCGGGCUGGGACGCAGAGCACAGCACAUACGCGUUUCGCACAAUGUCGCCUGAUGUUCAUCUGCACGAGGAAUCGACACAGCUUGACUUCAAGUCCGGAUGUGGCGACGCGAAGCAUCCGCAGCUGUUCAGCAGCCCCCGCACGCUCACGAGCAAGUUGAGCUGCCUGCCCGAGCUCCUCAACGGAUCAGAGGCUGCCCAGAGCGGCGUGUUCCUGGUGUAUGGCGUCACGGAUGACAAGGGCAAACCACACACGGCAUUGGGCAUGCUGCAGGAUAAGGCCUCGUGCAGCACAUGCACCAUUUCGCAUGAAUACUUUGUGGAUCUCCUCAGCAGCAUGAACGAGGAGUUGCACGCGUCACUCUUCCCGCCACUGCCACCCAACAGCGGCUGUCUCACGCUGCACGAAGUGCAAGACUGCUGCACAGCGGUUCUGUCGGGCGAUGAUAUCGGCGACGGUGACAACAGUGAUGACAGCAAUGACAGCAGCGAGCUUGUUGUCCACUUUUUCAGCGAAGAGGCAGCGGCGGCGGCACAUCUCCGCAAUGCUUUGGACGGCCAUGGCGCAGUUCUGUAUGCGCCACAGCAUGCGCAACCAUUCGCCAUUGUCAGCGAGGCGGCGACACCAUCGCACAAGGACGCCCUGCGCCUCCCUUCUGCACAGUUGCAGCAGCUCGUGAUUGACCAGGGCUGGCAGCACCUGAAGCGAUAUGUGGUGGUCCUGCACCUGACACCGCCACCAGCGCACGUCGGCUCGUUCUUCAGCACCAUGCGAAAUGCGUCACCCCCCUCUGCCCCUGUCUACGAGACGGGCCCUGGCGGCCCACGUGCUGCAUGGCUGUCUCGUGUUGGCAUGUGGAUGCGCAUGCGCACGGAGCCGGAGCCGCAUGCGCAUGCGCGCCUCGUUGGCAGCGGAUAUACGAAGCUGUGCAUUGGGCCGGACGACACGCAGCAGCUCGUGCGCCGGUACUUGGUGGGGGAGGAUGUCACGUUUGCAGCACGGUUCACGGACAUUGUUUCUGAUGAAGACCAACGCAAGCGGGCGCGCAACACUCUGAUGGGCGACCGCUUGCGCCAGCGACUGAUUGUGGCGGACCUGGCUGCUGUGCUUGAUGGCAAUGCGCUCGCGCUGAUCAACGAAGACGCCGGCAUUGGCAGAGGCAAUCCCGGCAGCAGCAUCGUCAUCCUGUCCCGCCAGCUGCUGACGAGAACGGUGUGCAAGGCGCUCAUCCCCAAGCUGCAGGUCCUGCGCAGUCACUGCACCAUCCUUGACCUCGCAUUUGUUGGUCUUCCUGGUCCCUCGGAACCCGACUUCAGCCGUACCGUCCACCCAUCACCACCAGAACAGCAGCAGCAGCAGCAGCAGCAACAGCAACAACAGCAGCAGCAGCAGCAGCAACAACAGCAGCAGCAGCAGCAACAGCAGCAGCAGCAGCAGCAGCAGCAACAGCAGCAGCAGCAGCAGCAACAACAACAACAACAACAACAACAACAACAACAACAACAACAACAACAACAACAACACAGCACACUGCCAUCGCAGCCAAUUUGGUUUGAACGCGUGCCGACGACAGAUGCCUUUGGUGUGCUGUCAUUUGAAGACCGGCAGCACAUGUUUCGGCAGUGGAUGGAGGGCAGAACGGAUGUGUGCUGGGAGAGUGUGGUGCUUGGCGACGUCCCAUUGACGGCACCGAUUCGACGCUUGCAGGACAAAGUCAGCCGCGCGUUUCAAAACAACACGUGCAGCAGAGUAGUGUUGGACAAGGGUGAUGCAGGCACCGGCGCCACGACAGCACUGCGUGUGGUUGCAUGCACACAGGCCAGGAACGGCGCGCUUGUGUAUUGGGUCGGGGCAUCCAGCGGAGUUGAACGCGGUGGCCGUGGAGGCGACGCCGCUGUGCGCAGUGACAGCGGCAGCGACACGACGAAGCGGCUGUCUGCGGGAGUCCUGUGGUGCGCAUUCCAGCAACAGCUGCAGAGCACAGGGAGGUCUCGACUGUUGAUUGUGCAGGACGAGCGCAUCCAGUUGCCCGCGGACUUCAUCCGGGCUGUGCAGGUGAGCAUGGCGCAGGGCGGCACACGACUGCAGGUGUGCAUUGUCACCUCUGAGCAGCACGGGCAACAAGGAGUGCACCGACCGCACAGGCGUGGCGUGCCGCGUGCUUCUUCUGUCAUCAUCUCCCCCUGGCUUCAUCACCAUGAAGAUGUUGAAGCAGUGCACGAUCGCCUGGCGACAUACUACCCAGACCGCCGCGACGCCCUUGAUGCGGCAAAAGCACACGCACUUCGCUGUAUCGGCGAUGUUGCCGACGACGGCCAUCUUGAAACCCCGCACAACGCAUACUAUGGCUGCAACCACCUGUUUGUGUUUGGACUCGCGGCCCUGUGCGGGCGCUUUGAGCCACCGCGCAAGAUGGUGGCCAACAUCCUGCAUCAGCUCGCCCAGGAUACUGCAGCGAAGACGACGCUGGUUGCGCUGGCCAUGCUGCGCGCCUACUGCCUCCACGAUGUGCCCAUCCCAUCUCGCGUGGUUGAGGCUCGAGUUGGAGCGGACUCGCCUGCAUGGAAGCUUGUGUGCAGCGCAGGCUUGACCGGUGAGCACCAGCGGCUGUGUCACGUUUUCUUCGCUCGACUUGUGCUGGAGGAGAGCACGCGCACCGACGGCCAUCGUCUGUUGGACGUGUCUGAGCAGCCUCUGCCGGCGGCUGCACUGGAUGCGCUGCUUGCGAUCUGGGCCAGCACGUGCGAGCUGCUGCAGGACUGUCCAGCUGUGUUGAAAAGCGCAGCAAAGGAAGCUUUGUUGGAGAGGCGCGGGUACGUGUUUGCUCCACUGGUGUCGGCUGCAUUCUGGCCCAUCAACGACCAGCUCCUUGCUGGCCUGUUGGGUGAAGGCCGCGGCCUGACCACGCUGACACCGCAUCAUGAUAGUGGUGAUGGUGGUGGUGAUGGUGGUGGUGAUGGUGAUGGUGAUGGUGAUGGUGGUGGUGAUGGUGAUGGUGAUGGUGAUGGUGAUGAUGACCGCCGCGUGGCCGCUGCCAUUGAUGAUCGCCUGCGCAGGCUGUUUGGCCCAGUGACCACCGGUGCCACCGCGGCAUGGCGGAGGGAGGCCAGCUUUGAUUUGUAUGGACACGAGCUCGUGGUUUGCGCACGCGUGCAUCGGGAAGUGGCGAACAAUGCUGUGGCCGGUAAAGUGUGUGCACAGCGGGCGUUGGCCAAUGCUCUUGACGCGCGUUGCAUCUUCGGUGCUGACCCGUCGUGAAGAUCGCCUGGCACGCAACCUUCUAACCUUCCUUCUGGCCACGUGCUACGCGGCACGCUGGCGGUUCAGCAAGAGUGUGUGUGGGUGUGUGUGGGGUGUGUGUGUGUGUAUGUGGGUGUGUGUGUGGGUGCUGGGUGUGUGGGUGUGGGUGUGGGUUGCAACACAUUGCCUUUGGGUCUUUGGGUGCUUUGGCUUGCUUCGACAAUAUGUUCUUUACUUCUUCUUGCGCAUCUCCCCUGUACCACCAAAAGUAGACCAGCUAUCACGAGGC